UGUGCCAAAACACCACAGCACACACAGCACAAGCGUGUCACGGGUGGACUCGUGGGUGGGUGCUGGUCACUUGUUGUUGCUGCAGCUGUCAUUAUCACAGUCGUCGUUGUUAUAAUCCACGCACAGUUAUCAACUAAAAAGUGGAAAAUGAAGAUCGAUGUUCACAGCCACAUUCUUCCUCGGGAGUGGCCGGACUUAACGCAGAGGUACGGCUAUGGAGGCUGGGUGCACCUGGAGCAUCACUCCAAGGGUGAAGCCAAGAUGGUCAAGGAUGGGAAGGUGUUUCGCGUGAUCCAGGAGAACUCUUGGGACCCGGCCGUGCGUAUCCGGGAGAUGGACCAGCAGGGGGUGACGGUGCAGGCGCUCUCGACCGUGCCCGUCAUGUUCAACUACUGGGCCCGGCCGCAGGACGCACACGACCUGUGCCGGCUCCUCAACGACGACCUGGCGGGCGUAGUGGGCCGCUUCCCACGCCGCUUCGUCGGGCUCGGCACUCUGCCUAUGCAGUCGGCCGCGCUGGCUGUGCAGGAGCUGCGCCGCUGCACUCUGGAGCUCGGCUUCCCGGGGGUGCAGAUCGGCUCGCACGUCAACGCCUGCAACCUGGACGAUCCCGAGCUACGGGCCGUGUUCGCGGAGGCGGAGGAGCUUGGCUGUGCUCUGUUCAUCCACCCCUGGGACAUGGAGACCACAGGACGCAUGGCCAAGUACUGGCUGCCCUGGCUCGUGGGGAUGCCAGCCGAGACUACGACUGCCAUUUGCUCCAUGAUAUUUGGCGGAGUCUUUGAGAGGUUCCCCAGGCUUAAGGUCUGCUUUGCACAUGGAGGUGGCUCGUUCCCCUUCACGCUGGGCAGGAUCCAGCAUGGCUUUGACGUGCGGCCAGACCUGUGCGCCGUGGACAACCCACACCCGCCACGUCGCUAUGCAGGCCGCUUCUACACGGACUCACUGGUUCACGACCCCCACGCGCUCCGUCUCCUCGUGGACGUCCUGGGAGAGGACCGCGUGAUGCUUGGAACCGACUACCCUUUUCCAUUAGGCGAUCUGGAGCCAGGGAGGUUGAUCGAAACCAUGGAAGAGUUCUCCCCACAGCUCAAGGACAAGCUCUUGUCUACGAAUGCCCUGGAAUUCCUGGGUGUGGACGGUGCUCGUUUUGGCUGAACACGCAGGCUGCAAAGCAUUCCUGCAGGGCCCUCCAGUCAAGCCUAGCCUGGUAAAAAGGUGAUAUUUCCAAGGCAAAGCAACCCAGUGUCAACUAAUUCAAGUACUUAAUGUUCUAUUUGUAGCACUUAAUUUGUAAAACACGGAGCAAAAUGUAUUGUUGAUUUUUUUGCUAAGAGCCACCGUCGAUUGUUGAAAGCAAAUCUUAUAUUUAAAAAAUGUAAACGCCAAGGGAAAUGCAGUUCCCUAUAAAAAAUGUUAGUAAAAAAAUCUUUAAAAAUGUAAGAAGCGUUUAAAAAUAUAUAUAUAUAUGCCACUUGAAACA